AUGCUAAUUUAUUCCACAUUAAAAAAUCAAAGUGAAAUUAUCACAUUUAAGGAAAAAUCAUGUUCAGGAGGAGGAUCAACGUUUAUAGCAUAUAACAAUCAGCCAAAUAAUAUAUUAAUUGCAUCAGGAUCUGGAGGUGGUUCUGGAAGUUACCUUCUUGAAGAAUAUAUCGGAGGUUAUGGUGGAAAAAUUGCUGGAAACGGUAAUGGAUCAAUAUUUUACUCAGGGAAGGGAGCAACUUAUUCUACUGCAGGUGCAGGUGGUGUCUAUUCAUUUAAUCCUGAUGAUAAUAGAGGGAGUUGCACUGCAGAAUCCGGUUCCAAAUUAGCAGGGGGAAAUUCCUGUAUAACAGCCGAUGCAUCACCAGGAGGUGGUGGAGGAGGCUACUACGGUGGUGGAGGCGGUGCAGAUGUUGCUGGCGGCGGUGGAGGUAGCAGUUUUGCCAGCAAUAUUUUAGAAAAAGUUUUGUUUAAAAAUGGAAAUGAAGAAAUUUUUGAGCCCGAUGGGACUAAAAGCAUAGGACAUGUAGGGAACGGUUUUAUAUCAAUUGAACAUUAUAUGAUUUGUUCCAAUCUUUGGUACAACAUUUAUUUUCUUGCCUUUCAUCUAAAUAUUCUUUUUAUUGGUUUUUUCUCAUAA